CAUACAGGAAUUUCUAUUCAAAAAAUCUCAUCUCAUGACACAAGGUGAUCUAACUUUUGGAUAUAAAUAUAACCAUCAGGUAAGGGAAAGGCAGAGAGAAAGAAGUCUGAUCUGAAGACUUAUUGAACUCGCAUCUGUCUGCACCUUGUUAUUUCCUCUUCACCCAGUCAAAAUGUUCAGCAUGAAAAUGGCAUGGAUUGCACUGCUGGUUUUAGUGCUCGUGUCUUGUUCUUCAGCAGAAAAGGAGGAUGAGAAAAGACAAAAAAAUGAAAAUGAGGCACCGAGAACUGAAAUAAAAAAAAGACCCUCAUCCCAUGAUUCAUCAGAAAAUCAACAUAAAACUUUUGGUAAAGAUAGUAAAUCUGGUGAAGCUGAAGGAAAUGAACAUUCUCCUACAAAACGCAACAAGGUAUCAACUACAACAAUGAAGGCAAAUAAUCCAGCCCGUUCAACAAAGAUUCCACAAAACAACAAUACACCAGCAACCAUAAAUGCAAUCAAUCCAGCCAUUGGCACAAAGAUGCCUCUAGCAGCAGGAAAUCCACCUAAUCCAGCCAUCAAUACACAGAUACAUCAAACAGCAGGAAAUCCACCUAAUCCAGCCGUUAAUACACAGAUACCUCAAACAGCAGGAAAUCCACCUAAUCCAGCCGUCAAUACACAGAUACCUCAAACAGCAGGAAUUCCACCUAAUCCAGCCAUCAAUACACAGAUACCUCAAACAGCAGGAAAUCCACCUAAUCCAGCCGUCAAUACACAGAUACCUCAAACAGCAGGAAUUCCACCUAAUCCAGCCAUCAAUACACAGAUACCUCAAACAGCAGGAAAUCCACCUAAUCCAGCCAUCAAUACACAGAUACCUCAGACAGCAGGAAAUCCACCUAAUCCAGCCAUCAAUACACAGAUACCUCAAACAGCAGGAAAUCCACCUAAUCCAGCCAUCAAUACACAGAUACCUCAAACAGCAACCCAAAGUACUACCUUUCAGGUGAAUGUCAAUGCAUCUUCAUCCAAACCAUAAAUGUCAAGAAAGAAAGAUUUACAACAGGCAAGAAAUAAGUUGACCUCUUCAAUAGAAUAGUAUUUAUCUGAUGGCUUGAUGCUAUGUAACACCUAUGUACUGUGUACCCAGGAUGUCUAUAAAGAGUGAAUCUUAACAGACUUGGGACCAACUGGAACAAUGAACUGCAUGAAGGCUUAGCAAUCAUUAGUGAGCAAAAAUAUAAAAACUUCUAAGUGUAAAUUCUUUUUAAAUCAAUAGUUUCUUUUAACUGUUACUUAUUGACAUUUUUUGAAUUGAAAUAAAAUAAAAUGUUGCAUCCAAA